AUGGCACGACCUGAAGGCUCAAUUGCUGAAGCAUAUGUUGUUGAUGAAUGCUUGAUUGCUUGUUCGCGGUAUUUUGAUGAUCUCGACACACGGCAUAAUCGGGAGGGCAGGAACAGAGAGCGUGUUGAUAUGAGCAAGGGUGAUUUAUCUGUUUUCCAACAUGGAGUCGAUUUACUCAGAGCUCAUACGGUUACAUACCAAGAAAAUAUAUAUGACAAGAUGGUUUGGUUAUACAGAAAGGAGCUAGAGAACGAAGGAAAUCAAGAUAUUGAAAAAACCAUUGAGAAACAAUUUGCUAUCUGGUUUAAGAACCAUAUUGCAACUCUACGCAUGUAUUGUUGGUGGUGUACGCUUCCACACUACACUACACAUCCUAGUUCAACAGCUACCACAAACCAAGAAUCCACCCAAAACAUUACUUCUGCAACACAAUUUACUUCAAGUGCAGCCGCUGAACAAAAUUACACCCAAGGCAUGACUGCUGCUGCACAAGCUAAUUCUCCCAUACAAGCUGACAUCAGCGACCACAUUGCAGAUGAAGAAUUGGUACCAAGGCAAAGAAGUAUGGGCAAACAACUUGAAUCCUUGAGCAGAGGGUUAGGCACUAAGAUUCCAAUCCAAAUUUAUGAUGGAAAGCGAAGGCCAGAACCCCCUAUUCAGGCCGCAAAGUUUGCAUCAGAGGGUGGGAUCAUACUCAGGCAACAUAUUCCAAUAUUUCCACACUGGAAGGAGUACAAGAAGCAAGAGAACGAGGGUAAAAUUACAGACUAUAUUGGCAAGCUUGCUGGUCAAUUCACCAUGGAUGUGGACAGUAAGGCAGUCAAAGAUGCAUGUGUUGAUAUGAUAAAAGGAGGGCAGCGCCAGAUGAGGUAUAGGCUAAAAAGGAAGUACUUCACCGGGGUUCCUGCAAAUCAAGUGAGGACUACAUCGCCUGUUCCAUGUAUGACUGAUGACCAAUGGAAAGAUUUGGUACAAAUGUGGUCUACCCCAAACCACAAGAACAAUUGUGUCAAGAACAAACUUAAUCGUGAGAAGGUGCAAUUUCCACAGUGCAUAGGAUCUCAAUCCUACAUUGCAAAAUCCUAUGUAGUGAGGCAAGAAAAAUAUAAAGAUAUGGAACCUAGUGCAAUUGAUCUUUUCAAGGAGAUGCAUUGCAGCAAGAAGAAAGGAUUUAGUGAGGCCGUUCAGAAAGCUAUAGGUGAUAUGGAAGCAAUGGUGGCAACACCAGUUGAAGAUGGACAGCAUGUGCUGUCUUCGACAGAAGUUGUUUCCAAUGUGCUACCGGGUUCAAGUAAAUUUCUUCACAAUGCUGGCCUUUUACCUGCCUCCAAGAGAAGCAAUACAAGGACUAUCUCGACAAGGAUGCAAGAGCUUCAGACUCAAUUGGACACUGAGAGGCAAGAAAAAAAUGGAUUUCGAGAAGAAAUGGAAACCUUAAAGGCCCAGUCACAAGCAUCUGAGGCAACCAUUGCUAAUCAAUCGACUGAGAUUGCAGAUUUGAAGAAGUCCUUAUCAGAAAAUAACAGUCUCCUUCGACAAAUAUUAAGCAUCAAUCGUGGCCAGAUGACUCCUCCUUAAGUAUGCUUGCUAGGGUGUUGGUGUCAACCAUCCUGAAGAUCGAUCUCACAAAACUUUAGACCUCAUUUUAUCCUUAUGCUUGCUGUAGAAAUUAAUAGGAACUACAACUUGUUCUAUUGUUCACUUGUUAUAGAGGAUUAUGAAUCAUGUUUAAUGUUAAAAGCUUAUGUGUUGGAUGCAUUAUGCUUGAAAUAUAUGUGGAUAUUGUUA